ACUAGGGUUUUUGUUUCAUUUGGGGGGAAAGGCAAAAAGGUUAAGGCUGUAGGCCUUGCUUCAUCUGAUUGGUCCUUCCGACAUCUGCUCAGAGCUGCCGCAAUUCAAUUGAAGCAGUCGUAGAUCGCGGCUUCAACAGCUUGCAAGAAUAAUUGUGCCUUGAAGGAAUGGAAUCAUAUCCUGGUGGUACAAAUACAAAUACAGCAGAUCCGAGCGUACAAACGGCUUUACCAGCCACAAUCAAUGGUCAGCCAUGGUGGUGCGGUCCUGUUUUUGCUGCUGUGGGUACCUCCAAGUCACCCUCAGUUGGAAACGAGGCUGGCCAAUCACAACCAAGUGAUGGUGUGGACGACACAGGGGAUGCCAGUAAAGAGAGACAGAAUAUGGGCACAAGAGCAGAUGGGGGCCUUGGAGAGCAAAGGCAGAAUCUUCUGCCUACUUCAUCUGCCAUGACUUCAGUUAUGCCUGAGAUUCUCUCACAACAUGCCGAGCUGGAACUUGGUCAAUCGAUUGCUUGUGCUACAUAUCCAUUUACUGAUCCUUAUUUUGCUGGCGUAGUGGCUUCUUAUGGAACUCAAGCACUAAUGCAUCCUCAGCUUCUUAGAAUCCCCUACUCGCGCAUGCCUUUACCUCUUGAAAUGACAGAGGAACCAGUAUAUGUUAAUGCCAAGCAGUACCAUGGAAUUCUUAGGAGAAGACAAUCUCGUGCAAAGGCUGAGCUAGAGAAAAAUGUUAUAAAAGUUAGAAAGCCAUAUCUUCAUGAAUCGCGUCACUUACAUGCAAUGAGGAGAGCUAGGGGUUGUGGCGGUCGUUUUCUUAACACCAAGAAGACUGAUGGUGCCACUAAAACCGAGACACAGCAGGGUUCAACUCCUAAUUCACCUCUUCCCAUGCAGUCAGUUGGCUCCUCUACUUCACUGACCUCCGAUUGCUCAGAUAAUGCAAAUCCAUCCAGCCCCAUGCAUGAAACAUCUGUUAGUUGAAAACAUGGCCACCAAGAACAUCCAGAAUCCCAGUUCUCAUCUUUCCAUCUGAAACCUGGUCAGAGAACAGAAGGUGGGGACUACACAGGAAAGCAGCAAGCUGGUAUCAUGGUGAAUCGUCCUCCUGGCAGGGCUGUGG